AGUCAACACAUUUACGCUCCUAUAUAAACAGGUCAGGCCAACAGUGGCUCUUACUCAGUUUCUUCAUCACACUCAUUUCUGGAGGAGAAUACAGUACGAGUGACAACAUGAAUAAGUUGCUGGUUAUUACUGUGCUGGUUGCACUCCUCGCUCUCAGUGCUGAAAGCUUCCGUAUGCCGAGGCAGGCAGAGGAGGAACAGGGAACCCUGUCCAAGCUCACAGAUACCAUCAAGUCCUACUAUUCGGAAGCUGUCAACACUGCCAGUGGAUACCUGGACAACAUCAAGGGCCUGAAGCUGGAGGAGAAGGCAGUGAAUCUGUACACUGAUACUACCACAGUUGUGAGCACCUAUGCCGGCAUAUUGCAGGACCAGCUUUACCACAUCUUUCAGUAAACAAAAACCGAUUCCCAGUGAUCUCAGCUAUCCUGUCUGACAGCAUGGUCUGAAGCUCAAGGCCAAAAAACAACAUUUGACAUUCUGAACUAGGACAUAUCUCACCUCACCUAAGCCUCCAAACCUCAAAUUGCAUUUAAAAAAAUAAUGGCCCAGUGCUCUUUGCAGGGCUUUCUUGGGCCACUGCACUGGUGGUAAAUGGUGAUAAACGCCCAACAGGGACUGGAAUCCUUUGAAACAAACAACUAACAGCUUGCACAGAGGAAACUGGACAGAACAACUUGGCCAGCAAAAGCAAAAGGAAAGAUUUUCUUCAUGGGUCUCCAAAUUAGAAAACAUCCAGCCAUGAAAACAACACAAAUUAUUUAAUUCUCUAACGCCACCUACUGGUCUUUUAGUUAUCUUGUAACUGCAUCUAACAGUCUUUCCACCACCCAACCUGAAUACAUUAAAAUAUUUGUCAUAUCUUGAAAUAAAAUAUUUAUACAAAAACUGGUGUCUGUAUUUGAUAAUGACCAAGAAAUUAUUUUGUGGGGAAAAAAGUGUUUGAUAUGCUAAAUUGUGCAUAUUACUGCUGUCUGUUUGUGUAAGACCUGUUUUCUUUUAUCUCACUGAUGCAAAGAAUCACGUUUAUGUCUGUGUGAAUCUGCAAUGAGACACAAGACUUUUAUCAGCUGAGGCAGCAACAGAAUAGAGGCUUCUGUUGCAAUUAAUAAUAGAUGAAAAGGAACAACAUGUAUAAUCUGAGUGCAAAGCGGGCAACAGAGAUAAAUAAACAACAGAGACUGUGAAGUUUGAUCUGUGGAUUUUGACAAC